AUGUCCCGAGGUGGAACUACCCUCUAUGUCACUGGUUUUGGCCACGGCACUCGAGCUCGAGAACUAGCCUACGAAUUCGAACGUUAUGGCCGGCUUGUCCGUUGCGAUAUUCCAGCCCCCCGUACUGCUUCCAGUCGCCUUUUCGCCUUUGUCGAGUAUGAGAGUCGUCGCGACGCUGAUGAUGCAUAUCACGAGAUGCACAACAAACGUAUCGGCCGGGACGACCUUCUAAAAAUUGAGUGGGCCCGUACUCCUCCAUCUGCAUCCUGGCGCUUUGAUUCCGGUCGUGACCGCCGCCGUGACCGUUCUCCUCUUCGUCGCCCUCGCUCUCCAUCACCCCGACGAGCCCGCGGAGAGUUCUCUCCUCGCAAGGAUGAACGUCGCGACCGCGAUUUCGAGAGACGAGACCGCGACCGCUCCCGGAGUCCAGGAGUGCGAGACCGCGAGCGGGACCGGGACCGUGAUAUGAAGGAGGAUCGCGAUAGACGUGAGGAAGAUCGCGAAAAUGGAACCAAUAGUGAUGAUAGGAAAGUAUCCCUGGAUUCUCCCACCCCUGCUCAUGAUGAGCUGGAUACUGCUGAGUGA